AUGGAAUUUGAGUUCUGUGUGGAUUGCAAGGAAUCCAGAGAAGUUGUGAUCGACCACCAGUCGGGUGACACAGUCUGCACCGACUGUGGUUUGGUUCUUGGAGACCACUCGAUGUCACCCCCAAGCGGCGAAAAAAGGAAGCAAAACAAGAAGGAGGAUAAUGUCGAUGGCAUUGCUCCACCUAGUAACCAGUUGAACAACGCAGUGUCAAACCCCCAAAAGUCUCUCGCAAAAGCUACCAAAUACCUCGAAUCCAUGGCUUGUUGGCUAGACAAACAUGGCCUUCCCGAUGAGGUUCUACAUGAUGCUGAAGUGUUAUACAAGAAGGCCGUUGAUAAGAAGAUUCGUAGUGGGAGAAAGUUUUGUAGGGGGAGAAAGUUUGAGGUUAUGGUGGCCGCUUGCCUCUUUCUUGCUUGCCAAGAAAGCAAUAACUCGCGAACACCCAAGGAAAUCGCCAAGGCUGCCAACGGACCUUCUAGGAAAGAAAUUAACAAAAUGGUAAAAGUCUUGGAGAAAGAGCUAGAGAUCCGUGUUAGAGUUUGA